UAAUAGAUUGAGAUUUGUGACUCUGUUGUUGAAAAACGUUAAUUGUUAUGAGUUAGAUAAGAUUUUUCAAAAUAAGAAAAUUUAAUUCAAUUUAUGGGGGCUCAAUCUUUUCAAAUCUUACAAAUUAACUUAAAAGAUUGAUUUCAUUCAGCGUUAAAUUUUUGUGGAACUUUGAAUUUUUCAUUUUAUUAGGUGUGAAUAUAAUACAAUAAAAAGCUUAAUUUAAAAAAAUGAUACAUGACGCUUUGUUGAUACUUUGGGAUUGCUCACAACUUUCUGAAGGAAAUCAGCAUGAACCAAUAACAUACGCAAAUGAAGGUGAUGCGGCAGUUUAUAAAAGAAUAUGUGGGAUUGCAAAAUCGCAUCACAAAAUACAAAACUUUAUAUAUGCUACAACCUUUCACUCAAGGAAAAGACAAACAGAGACAACCAACCGAUCAUUUGGACUAUAUGGUCAAGCAUUAAGUGAAGGUAUAUCUGAAGUUCUAGAAUCAUACAAAAAAACUUUGAAAGAUGUUGAACAAUUAGUGAUUGCAAAUCCCUCCUACCCUCUCGCAUUUGUGUAUGGUUACAUUGAAAAGUAUCAAGGACUGUUUAAUACACUUAAUAGAAUAAUAAUUACUAUAUUGGAGCGAAGAUUGGCUGGUUGUCAGAUUUUAAGUCUAGUACAUCAAUUUAUACUGAGUGGUAAUGAAAUGGUACAUGAAGCGAUCUUACAAAUAUUCUCAUGCAUCAAUUCCGUAUUCCUUGAUCAAUUAUGUACUUGGCUGUUGUAUGGAGAAUUGAAGGAUCCAUAUGAGGAAUUCUUUGUUUACUGUAUAAAUAAAGAGGACAGAACAGAUUCAUUUAUAUCACGUCCAUCCACAACAAAUACAGUUGAUAAGUCUUUGGUAUUAACACUGCAGCAAACGCCAUUAGAAUGCGGGUAUAAUUUGAAUGCUGCUAUGAUACCAUACUUUAUACCGCUUUCAUUGGCCCAAGAAAUACUAUUUAUAGGCAAAACAGUUGUGCUAUUUGGAUUUGAUCCAAAGAAAGUAAAAAAAAAUCAAGCAUUUUCAAUGAGUAGAACUAUGCUGCCAUUGCAGAAAACUAAUUUGGACUCUAGAAGGUUUACGAUAUGGGAAGAAAAAGAGGCCGAAUUUCACGAGAAACUACAAAAACUAAAGUCCCCUGAAGAGUUUGAAGUUUGUAAUUUGAAAAACGUUGUAAGAGAUAUAAAGGAAUGUGUUACUAAGCAUUUGUGGUCAGUUGCUGUGGAGGAAGCCCAACUAAUCCACGAGCUGCGUCUGAUGAAAGACUUCUACCUCCUGGGGCGAGGGGAGCUAUUUCUCGAGCUUUUGCGACUCACUUCACAUAUAUUGGACAGGCCUACCACCAGGACUUCGACCAGAGAUUUGAAUCAAGCAUUUCAAUUAGCCGCUAGAGCAGUGUUUCUGAGCAACAGUGCUGAUAUAGAAAAGUUUAGUUUCGAACUGCCUUAUGUCAAGCCGAUUCUCUCUAAUAAUUCUUCAUUGGAAGACACCAGUAGUACAGUAGCGGACGGGUGGUCGAGCAUCAUCCUGAAGUACGACUUCAAGUGGCCGCUCCAUCUGAUAUUCGCGCCGGAGCUGCUAGCGCGCUACAACGACAUGUUCCGACUGCUGCUGAGGAUCAAGAAGACCCAGCACGACCUGCACUCGCUGUGGAAGACCUACAAGCAUUCUAACAAUUUCAGCGUGUGCCAGUUGCACAACAAGCUGAUGUUCCUGAUGGACAACUUGCAGCAUUACUUGCAGGCCGACGUACUCGAGACCAACUUCUCGCGGUUCAUGGCCGAAGUCGACAAGACCAACGACUUUGAAACAUUGAAGAACGCACACGCCAAUUUCCUGGCCAAUAUAUUGACUCAAUCGUUCUUGACUAUUACUGCAAACGAAGGCAGCGAGUGUGCGGAGGAUGCGGUGGACUGUAUCAACAACCCGGUGUUCUGCAACAUCAUGGAGCUGCUGAAGCUGUGCCACUCCUUCUGCAGCUCCAGCCAGUGCGCUGACAGGAGCGAGGACUACUACGUCACCGUCUACUCUGACAGGUUCAACAAAUUAGUGAAACAGUUGAUGCAACUGUUAGUAGCGCUCAGAGACCGGCCGUGCGGCGUGUUCCUGGCGCGGUUAUUGAUGAGACUCGACUACAACCGCUGGCUCAGUGGUGAAGCUCAGCUCACCAGAUCUGUCACCAGCAUGCUAAAAUACUAAAGUCCGCGCGCUAAGCAGAAAUAAUUUCGUACGUUAACCUGUUAGUACCUCUCCCUGUCACAAGAUUCUUUAAAAGAUUUACAAUCACUGACCUGUACAAAAACCACUGGACAGGCUGUCCCAUAUGUUUGACAAGAAUUUUUUUGUGCCUAUUAAAAGCGCCACUCGCGAGCUUCCAGAGAACUAAUUUUGACGUAUAAUACAAAUGGCUGCGAAGGAUCGUACAAUACUCUUAAGUAUUUUUGCAUUUUGAAUUAAUUUGGUUCGCUUUCCGUGUUAUUUAUACUUCAAGAAUCAACGUAAUGAAGUACACAUUUUUUGUUUGUAAAUAGUUUCCCACCAUCUGUCUAUGUUUGCUGAGGUUGUCAUCACUAGUUUUAGUACCGCAGACUCUCGUUACAUGGCCAACAGCGCCAAUAUCAAACAGGCACAAAAGCACGUUGACAGCCGCCAGUCCAGUGGUAUAUAGUAGAGGUCAGUGCUUACAAUCCAUGAGGACGGCAACUAUUGCAUCAAAUAAACUUUUUAACUCAAAUUAAA